CAGGCCCCUGGGCGCUGUUGGUUCCCCGGGCAGGUCUCGGUGCUGUAUUUCGCCAGGAGCGCGGAGCUGGCGGGGCUGCGCUGCGAGACCCUCUCGGUGCCACGGGAGAUCACCUCUCUGCAGCUCUGGGAGGAGAUCGUCAAGGUCCACCCCAGGCUUGCUGUCAUCCGGGAUCAAGUGGUAUUUGCUGUUCGGCAGGAGUACGUGCUUCUUGGAGAUCAGGUCCUGGUCCUGCAGCCUGGAGACGAGGUUGCCAUCAUCCCUCCAAUUAGUGGGGGCUGAACCUGCUCAGGUUCUGU